AUGUCUUUAUCGACUUUGCCCGCCGAGAUCAUUCUCAGUAUUGCAACUUAUCUCGACGAUGAAUGGUCGAUCAAUGCCCUUCAUCAAGCGAACAAGAGAUUCUAUUGUUUGCUUCAAGACUUUCUCUACCAACACAACGUCGUCCAUUCGAAUGCAACGGCCCUCGAGUGGUCCGCUCGCAAUGGCUGUGUUGAGGCUGGACGAAAUGCUCUGAAGGCGGGUGAACUGUCAGAUCAGCACUACUCAUCAGCUUUCGCAUAUGCUGCUCUCGCCGGACAUGCACCUUUAUUGAGGUUUGAAUUGUUUGAUGACGACGAUGAUGAUGCCUGGGAAAGCGAUAUGGACGCCGAUGACGACGAAGACGACUUGCAGGGCUUGAUGCUCUGUGAUGCUGCGGUCUUAUUGGCCGCUUUCAAGGGAAAUUCUGACGUGGUUGAUAUUAUACUGGAAUAUGGAGAUUCCAGGGGACUACCGUUCCCCAAUAAACAGGGCUCUCCAUUGCACGUUGCUGCUCGGCAAGGCCACCUUGACAUUGUGAGAAGCAUCCUCGAGCGUGGAGGGCCCCUCGAAAUCCUGGAUGCAUCGGGAAUGACGCCGCUGUCUAGGGCUGCGUCUGCAGGUCGAAAUGAGGUUGUUCAAUUUCUGAUAGAACAGGGAGCAGCCACAAACUACCCUGAAAAAGUGACCAGAACGCCUCUUUUCAGGGCAGCAUAUGGUGGGCAUACGGAGACUGUCGAGCUUCUUCUGAGCCAAGGUGCUGAAACUAGCGCGUGGGAUGAUUGGUCGACUGUCCUAUUGCUUGUGGAGAUGGCCUUCAUGAAACACUUUGCUACUGCGGAGACGCUGAAGACAGCCGUGAACCUGCAACGGAUCCUCGCCGCUGGAGAUCCUAAUGAUAUUGAGCCAGGACCGCUUUUGAUGGUUGCGGCUGCUUGCGGGUGGAAAGAUUAUGUGCAAUUGCUCCUUGGAAGGGGUGUUCCUCCCGAGAUCCCGGAUUCCUUUGGCUGGUGGACGCCAGUCAACUGGAGAAAGCUUUCUGAGAACCGUGUUGGCUCCUCAGCCCUGGCUGUUGCGGCAGGGAAUGGCCGACUAGACAUUGUCAAGCUCUUGAUCGCAGAAUAUCCUGAGAUCGUUCGGUCUUCGCCAGAUGACACUAGUGUGACCGGGCUGAUGUGGGCGGUUACGGAUGGUUAUGCUGACAUUGUUAAGCUUCUCUUGGAUGCUGGAGCAGAUCCAAACACGAAGGGCUGUCUAUAUGAAGGGCCGGUAGUGCUCAGUUCAGUCAAGUGGCCAGAGAUUAUGGGAAUGCUACUUGAUGCGGGCGCCGCCACGUCGCAUUUAUCAGGCAACCGGAACAUCUACAUGAAAUCCAUUUGUGGAGGUCAUGUGGAUGCUCUGAAGGUUCUCGAAGAGAAAAAUGUCCCGUGGGGAUGGCAGCCCGGGUAUCCAGUCAGUUCAGCGUCGCGCGGAGGUUGUGCGAUGGUGGAAUACAUUCUGUCGAGGUUCGUCGUGCCGCCUGAAGAAAGUGACCUUGAAAGAGUAUAUUUGUGCGCAUUGCGCUCUGCAGAUGUCGAAAUGGUCGAUUACCUGUACCGAAGAGGCUUGAUACUAAACCCUCACGCCAUUGCCACAGAUUGGGGCACUGGAAAGCGUUUGCGCCAUCCACUGGAUCUGAUAAGGUCACCCGACGGAGACAUGCACAAGGUGGCGGCAAUGAUGGAUACACUCAUCGCAAAGGGUAUGCCUUUGGAGUCUGUGGCAUCGUCUCUUUGCUCAGACCCUGAGGUGUAUCGGCUGCGUUCCGCCGAAAUGGUCCAGCAACUAAACAUGUUGGUCGACCGAGGGGUGACUUUCAAUCUACACGAUGAAUCUGAUGCUUGGACUGAUAUUAUGAAGCUCGCGAUUGUGUGGCGUUCUCCAAAAAUAGUCCACCUCCUUUGUCAAGGCUAA